AUGAUGGUGAUGGAAGAAGAUAAGGUCUGGCUUUUGAAUCCAAAAACUCGGCCUUUGGAGAAGGAACCAAGUCCUGAAUCCUUGAGUCUUUUGAGUCUUCUUUUUGAGUCCUGA